AUGAUAGUUGUCUGGUCCGAGGAGCCAGAGCAAAUACGCCAGUUCAUUUCGGGCGAGGAAUUUAUCGAGACCCAGGACAACUUCUAUGAGGUCUUGCGGUUCCUAAGCCGACAUCAUCUUGGAUUUGGCAAGUACAACAAGAACGAUCCGCAGGCAUACCAGGUGGUGGUAAAGCUGCUAUGGGAGGACGGUAAGCUCAAUACUGCCCAUAAAACAGUGUUUCAAGACUAUGAAGACAACUUACGACAAUGCGGACUGAUAUAUGCUAUUAAGAUGCCAUAUAGAUGGACUCUUGUGUGGGUGAAAAUCCAUAACAGCAAAUAUGUUGAAAUACAUCAAAUUGACACGAAGCCCCGCGAGAUUGGGCGGCUGAAAGAGACCCAAUUGGACGAGAUCAAGCGCAAUAUCUGCCUGAUGCUGUCUCUGGAGACCACGGACGAUCUGGCGUCCAGCUUCCGGUACUGGAUGCCAGUGAUGGAAGACGAGAAUUUGAGCAACGAGGCCUUGCUAAUAAUCAACUUGAAGCAGAUUUUGGAAGGAUACCAAUGGCAUGGGUUCGGGCUCAAAUGCGAGAGCAUCAAGUUCAAUUACCACACGCUAAUCACCGGAUUCAACGACUUCAGAAGAGCUUUCCAUACUCAUUUGGUAGAAGGCAGUCCGGAGCCGCAAGAAGUGAUGGAAGUGCACGAAAAAACACCCGAACCGGCCAAGAGGCCGCCGACUGAGGAUCUGCCUUUGCGAAAACGGACUCGGCGCGGAGGCGAAGAAGAACAGACGCCGAAACCGAAGGAAGUGAAGGAAAAGGUGGUGGAUACCGUUAUCCACGAAAACCAGCCGUGCUACGUGACUGUGGAAAAUUUGGAGCAGAUCAAGCAGGAGAUCAAGUACGAUCCGAAGAAACUGAAGCAGAUGGUGAAGGAUUUCCAGACGAAAUACGAGGAAAUCCAAGCAAAGUUCUAUUCAAGGUGGGCCAGACAGUCCGGUUCGAACGACGUGGACGAGGAGGACGAAUCGAGUUUCUCGAUGUACGGUCCGACUCAAGCAGAAUACGAGAUUCUGAUCUCGCAGGAAGUCGUUGCCACCAAGACGCUGCUAAAGAAGCUCUCUCACAUGGACAUAUUUCCGAAUCAGCAGCAGAUGCGGGCCAUCUCGAAUGCCAGACGGUGGAUCAAUCAGCGGUUCAAAUACGACCCUUCAACCAAGACAGUGCAGUACCUGCGUGAUUCCAACGUGGUGAUACCCGACUACCUUGACAUUCCAUACAUCGUGAUAGCUACUCACCUCCAUUUUGACUGUUUGCCGCCCCUAUUAACAUACAAUCAUGUUCGCCGAAACUGGUACAUUUCGAAGAAGACCGUGGACUAUAUCAUUGCUCAGUGCGAAUACUGCAAUCACUGA